CGCGCUGCUUCCAGCAAAGAGCAGACGCUCUGAAUCACUCCGGGAAAAUAACACGAACUGAACGGCAGCGUCCCGGACAAAUUAGUCUUACGUGAUUGUUGAGCGAGCGCUAGACGAGUGCCGCAAGCUCCUCUCACGGACACGCUGCGAUGUUUUCCGUGGACACAGACGCAUCCUUCGGAGUUGUGUCAGUCACCUAUGAGAACUAAGUGACUGAAAGAGAGAGAGAGAGAGAGAGAGACAGUGUGUGUGUGUGUGUGUGUGUGUGUGUGUGUGUGUGUGUGUGUGUGUGUGUGUGUGUGUGUGUGUGUGUGUGUGGUGCUCAGGGAUGUGUCAUGGCAUCGGUCCGGGUGGCAGUGAGGGUCCGGCCCAUGAACAGACGGGAGAAAGACCUGUCUGCCAAAUGCAUCAUCGAAAUGGAAGGCAACAAAACCACCAUCACCAACUUAAAAAUACCGGACGGAGUGACUGGAGACUCUGUAAGGGAGAGAGCAAAGACUUUCACGUAUGAUUUCUCCUACGACUCUUCGGACUGUAAAAACGUCAGCUUUGUCUCACAAGAGAAGGUGUUUAAGGAGCUGGGCACGGAUGUGUUAAAGGCUGCAUUUGAAGGAUAUAAUGCCUGCAUCUUUGCCUACGGCCAGACUGGAUCAGGGAAGUCGCACACCAUGAUGGGCAUUCCUGGUGACGUCGGGCUGAUCCCUCGGAUCUGUGAAGGACUAUUCAGUCGAAUUUCGGGAAUGACUCGGAGAGAUGAAGCCUCUUUUCGCACGGAAGUCAGCUAUUUGGAGAUUUACAACGAACGGGUGCGGGACUUGUUACGGAGGAAGAUGGCGAAGACGUAUAACCUCAGAGUCAGAGAGCAUCCUAAAGAGGGACCCUAUGUAGAAGACCUGUCGAAGCACCUGGUGCAGAACUAUAGUGACGUGGAGGAGCUGAUGGAGGCGGGAAACAUCAACCGCACAACGGCCAGCACCGGCAUGAACGACGCGAGCAGUCGCUCACACGCCAUCUUCACCAUCAACUUCACACAGGCUAAGUUUGACGCUGAGAUGCCGAGCGAGACGGUCAGUAAGAUUCACCUGGUGGACCUGGCAGGAAGUGAGAGGGCCGACGCCACAGGGGCCACCGGUGUCCGGCUCAAAGAGGGCGGCAAUAUCAACAAAUCUCUGGUCACCCUGGGAAACGUCAUCUCCGCCUUGGCUGAUCUGUCACAGGAAGGAGGGAACAGUCAUUUGAAGAAGAAGCAGGUGUUUGUUCCUUACAGAGACUCAGUGCUCACGUGGCUCCUGAAGGACAGUCUGGGAGGAAACUCAAAGACCAUCAUGAUCGCGACUAUAUCGCCUGCGGACGUCAACUACGGCGAGACUCUGAGCACGCUGCGCUACGCUAACCGUGCCAAAAACAUCAUAAACAAACCCACAAUAAAUGAGGACUCCAACGUUAGACUCAUACGAGAACUGCGGGCAGAGAUCGCUCGGCUGAAAGCGCUGCUUGCACAAGGAAAUCAGAUAGCCCUGCUUGAUUCCCCUACAGCGUUAAGUAUGGAGGAGGAACUGCAUCAUAAUGAAGCCAGGGUGCUGGAGCUGACCAAGGAAUGGACGAACAAAUGGAACGAAACGCAGAACAUCCUGAAGGAGGAAACGCUGGCUCUGAGGAAGGAGGGAAUCGGAGUGAUCCUGGACUCAGAGCUCCCUCAUCUGAUCGGGAUUGAUGACGAUCUGCUCAGCACCGGCAUCAUUCUCUAUCAUUUAAAGGAGGGAAGGACAUACGUUGGCCGUGAUGACGCCACUAACGAACAGGAUAUCAUUCUUCAUGGCCUGGGUCUGGAGAGUGAGCACUGUCUGAUAGAGAACCGGAAUGGGACGGUCACUCUAAUUCCUCUGAAUGAUGCUCAGUGUUCAGUCAAUGGAGUUCAGAUCACUGAGCCCUGCCAGCUCAACCAAGGUGCUGUCAUUCUCCUCGGCAGAACCAAUAUGUUCAGAUUCAAUCAUCCCAAAGAGGCGGCUAAACUUCGGGAAAAGAGAAAGAGCGGCCUCCUCACCAGUCUGAGCUUAUCCAUGUCUGAUCUGUCCAAAUCCUGUGAAAACCUCUCUACGGUCAUGCUGUAUAACCCUGGUCUCUUCACUGAAAAGGGUCCCAUCUUUCUCAGACUGGAGUUUGAAAGGCAGCAAAGAGAAGAACUGGAAAAACUAGAAAAUAAAAGGCGGCUGAUCAAGGAGAUGGAGGAGAAGCAGAAGUGUGAGAAGGCGGAGCUGGAGCGCAUGCAGCAGGAGGUGGAGUCUCAGAGGAAGGAGUCGGAGCAGGUGCAGCUGCGCAUCCGCAGACAGGAGGAGAGCCUGCGCAGACGCAGUCAGGACAUCGAGAGCCGCCUCCAAGACCUGCUCGCUGAGAAAGAGAAAUUUCAGGAGGAGAGACACAGAGAGCAGAAGGAGCAGGAACAGCAGAAGCAGAAGAGACUUCAGCAGAAGCUGGAGGAGGAGGAGGAGGUGCAGGAGGAGGACGAGGAAGAGGAGGAGGAGGAGGAUGAAAAGGCUCAGGUCCAGCGAGAGCGAGCAGAGCAAAACGAGCUCUUUCGUGAGCUAGAACGACUCAAGCGAGAACGAGAGGAGCAGGCCGUCAAACUUCAUCUAGAACGCAGGCGUCUGGAGGAGCGCGAGAAGGAGCAGCUGAGUCUGGUCGGGCGUCUGGAGGAGCAGCUGAGGGAGCGCAGCGUGGAGGCGGCCGCUCUGCUCACGCCGGAUGAAGCGCGCCCAAUGGAGGAGGAGAGGCGGACCCUCGCCGAGCUCAGGGAGGAGCUGCUCAGGGCCAAGGAGGCCCGGAUCGAUGGAGAGGAGGAGGGCGGUGAGGAGGCCCGGAGGAGCGCUCAGACACGCUACCAGCACUUCAAACAGAUGCAGGUGGAGGAGCUGAGUUUGCUGGAGGAGUCUCUGAUCCAGCAGAAGGACCGGCUGGAGCGGGAGGUGGCCCAUGAGCGUGCGUCCCUCGGCCUGCUGCUGCACUCGCACAACGACAAACACAGACAGGUGCGUGAUGUGAUGGAGCGCGGCGUUCAGGACGUGUCCUUUCUGGGUCAGGAGGAGGUUCUGAUCCAGCAGGCCGAGCACAGUCUGCAGUUUAAAGAGAGGCAGCUCCAGUCUCUCCGUGAGAAACAUCUCCCUGCCGUCUCAGAGGAGCGGCAGAGAGCCAUCGAGCUCCUGGAGAGAGUCAGAGGAGGCACAGGCUCUCCUGCUCUGGACGCAAGUCCAGAAGAUAUGGACAAAGAGCUGGACGAGACUCUAUAUCAGGUCGAGAAGGAGUUGGAGGAGAAGGAGGAGCGUUUGUCUCAGUACAGCACGAGCACCGAGCAGCUGCAGCAGCUCCAGCAGUCGUACGAGUUCACGGCCAACGUGGCACGUCAGGAGGAGAAGGUUCGGCGGAAGGAGAAGGAGAUCUUGGAGUGGAAGGAGAAACAGCAGCGGGAGGCCCUGGAGCAGGCGGUCGCGCGCCUCGAGAGAAAACACUCCGCCUACCGCAGGAGCAUCAGUCUGGAGCCGGACGCCGAAGGACCCCGAAAGAGGUCGCAGUCUGCUUUAGGACAGAGCACUUCCAGGUUCACAGGAACACAAGACCUGGACCAGGACAGGAUGGAGCGAGAGAUUGCGCAGCUGAAGCAGAGGAUCAGCGAGAGCGAAGGAAGCGUGCGGAGUCUCAGCGUGAGCGGGAAGAAAAAACAACGUGAACCAGUCGCCCGUCAGCCCCAUACAGGCCCUCCCCGCUGUCCUCUCCAUAGGAGACGAGAGGAUUAAUGCGUAUAUUGAAGAAGAGGUUCAGCGGAGGCUGCAGAAACGGAAUCUUCUGAACAGAGAGAAUAACAACACGCUCUCGCUGUCUUCAGACUCGCUGCAGGAGGAGGAGCAGGAUAGUGAGGGUAGCUCUGUUAGAUUGACGGAUGAGGACAACGAUAAAAAACGCACCGAUCAACGCAAAAUGAAAUACGAGCGGCUGGUGUCGAUUCCUCUGGAUCCCAGCGCAGAGAGUCUUAAAGAUCCGGUGAAGA